UGCCUGGAUCGGUUGUUUGCGUAGAAUUGAAACCGAUCCUGCAGAAAGUGCCUUGCCAUAAAACUGGUCCCGUUCUUCUCUGAACUCAAACAUCUCUCUGCCGCUCUGCAAGCAACCAUUCUCUCCGGAGCCGCUGCGGUUGUGGACACAGAAGGCAGGGCGAGCUAGGAGUGUAUAACAAGGCAGGAGCCUGAGCAUUGGCCUUUGUACAUUGGUCUUCACUUCAUUGUCGACGAUGGGGACUAAUUAUUAGUUUCUAGGAUUGUCUACACGCUGUGGUAGUUUACAGUUUGACAAACCUUGAGCAGGCGAUCGACCAAGUGGCUCAGAAUGUCGGUCUCCAAAGGAAAUUCGAUGAUUGUUGCUCUGGUGGUUCUCGCUGCACUGGUUCUUAAUGCAGAAGGAACCACAUACACCGUUGGCGAUGGUUUGGGUUGGACGUUUCCACCGUUGAUGGACACUUACGAUACCUGGGCUAAGCAGCACACGUUCGUCGUUGGUGACGAGCUUGUUUUCAACUAUGACGGCCUUCUCCACAAUGUCUUCGAGGUCUCUCAAGCCGACCUGGACCUGUGUGACUACAGCAAGCCUAUCGCCAAGUACGAAAUGUCGAACGCGAAGGUUACUCUGACUAGAGCGGGGUAUCAUGGCUUCAUUUGUGGAGUCAUCGGACACUGCCUGGGAAGCAUGAAAAUGAAUUUGGUGGUCGCGGAUUCUGCUACUCCUGUACCAGUCGCUCCGGCUCCAGUGGUGGCACCUUCUCCUCCUCCUCCAGUUGCCUCUCCUCCCCCUCCCCCUCCAUCUCCACCUCCUCCUGCUGCUUCUCCUCCUCCCCCUCCAUCACCACCACCCCCAACCUCGACUCCACCUCCAUCAGAAUCUCCUCCUUCCCCGUCUUGGACUGCUCCCUCUCCAUCUCCUCCUCCUUCUCCCCCGUCUUGGACUGCUCCAUCUCCAUCUCCUCCUCCCCCAUCUUGGACUGCACCAUCGCCAUCUCCUCCUCCCCCGAGCUGGACUCCGACUCCUUCUCCUCCUCCUCCCAGUUGGACUCCUACUCCAUCUCCUCCUCCCCCGAGCUGGACCCCAACUCCGUCUCCUCCUCCUCCGAGCUGGAGUACUUCUCCAUCUCCUUCUCCUCCCAGUUGGACUCCAACUCCAUCUCCUCCUCCCCCGAGCUGGAGGGCUUCUCCAUCUCCUUCUCCUCCCAGUUGGACUCCUACUCCAUCUCCUCCUCCUCCGAGCUGGAGUGCUUCUCCAUCUCCUUCUCCUCCCAGUUGGACUCCCACUCCUUCUCCUCCUCCCCCGAGCUGGAGUGCUUCUCCAUCUCCUUCUCCUCCCAGCUGGAAACCAACUCCGUCUCCUCCUCCGCCAUCGUGGAGUGCCCAAUCUCCUUCUCCUCCUUCCCCGAGUUGGACUCCUACUCCAUCGACUCCUCCCCCCAGUUGGAAUCCGACCCCAUCUCCUCCUCCCAGCUGGUCGAUUGUGGAUGAACCGACCGCAAGCCCAUCGAAAGCUCCAUCGUCUCCUCCUCCUCCUGCCAAGGCAAGGACACCAUCGGCCACUCCAGCUCCUGCCCCGAAGAGCAGCCCUCCCAAGUCCUGGUUGGCUCCGACCAAGACUCCCUCGCUCGCUCCGUAUCAGGCCUUCACACCAAUCGGUGCAGCUCCUGUACAAUCUGUAGUGGCUCCCUCGGAAGUUGUUCUUCCACCAGCCACGGCACCGACGGCACCGACGGUGGUUAGCUCUUCCUGGAGCCUGCAAUCUGCGACGGCAAUGGGGAUCAGUCUUCUCGUCGCCGGUUGUGCUGCUCUGUUUCUCUGAACAAUUUCUCUGAACCUGAGCUAGUGAUUCAGAAUCUAGCUUUAUUCGGACGACUGUGAGUUCCGUUGACAAAUCUCUUCUCGAGCUCUAUGGAAUCUCAGAUCUCGAAGUCGGCUCUUCCAGAUAUCUACAGAAAACAUCACUGCAAGCUUUGACCGUCCGUUCAAAGGUUUCAGGACUGAUCGCGGUCUUGAUUCAGUCGGCUUCACUGUAAAUGUGGCUACCUGUAGUUAGACUUAUCCGAAUUUAUCAUGUCGAAUUCGACACUUACAACUUACAUGAUUAGAGUAGAGGUUGUUUCAGCGGGCUAUAAAUCGCAACACUUUUACAGCAAUUAUUAUCAGAUUAAUUUGUGCAGCUGCAUUAGGCUUACACGUUCACAGGGUGGGCAUCCCCAUCCACUGAAUGUGAAUAGAUGCGUCUGCAUAGAUUGAAGUCCUAAUUUCACACUGAUCGACAAAUGGCCCAAUUGCAAUCCUAGUUCAGAUCUUCACUCCCGAGCUGAUUGCUAACCUUGGGACUAGUCACGUUCAACAUUCUAUUAUACCGGCUUCUUGUUCUGCAGGAUGUGGCCUUAUGGCUCACACGGUUCAGCUAGGAGUAGUUCUUUUGAUCGAAACUAGUUUCACAUGUGUUUGAACCAAUUUCAAAGAACUCCGCAAUAAAUUUGAAAGAGAUCAGCAGGAUGCCUCGGCAUCUCCAAUUUAUUCUUUCUC